AUGUCCCUCAACAGGCAAAGCGAUAAAGAAGAUGUAGUGUUUACACGUUAUGGAGCACUAAUGUGUCACGAAGAAACAACCGAGUCAUUUGUAGGAAAAUGGAUACCCCUUGAGGCUAUAGUGUUAACUGAAAUAAAUCAGGUGACCAAGGGCCUGACUUGGACUUUCACUGGGAGACAAUGUGAGAUACUUCUCCAAAGCAAGAUUACCAUGCAGAUCUUAGGUUUCCUACUUGAGUGGGCUGCCAGCCUGCAGGACCCUGAACCUUCCAAUAGGUAUCGAGAAAACAAUGCUGAGCACCCAGCGGUCACUUACGUCCUUGGCCGGCGGGCUGUGUCCCGGACUGGGGCAGCGACCCCUCCGCCAAGUCGCAGCCGCAGGGCUCCGGGCUGCACUUCCUCCAGGGACGGCCUGCAGAAUCACCUGCGCGGGCCAGAAAGGGGCCUUCAGCCGCCGAGCUCCCCGGGCGGGCUCGGGUCAGCGGAGGACUUCGGGGCAGUGAGCAGGCUCCGUGCAACCGCCGGAGCGCCGGCCUCGGGAUACGAACAGCCCCGCGGACUCCCGGGGCUCGGCCCCGGCCUGGCGCGGCCCCGGCGGGGGGCGCAGGGAGAAACGCACGUGCGGCGAGGCGCCCGCGGGAAGGCGAGGCGGCGCCACCGUCCGGAGCCUGGGACCCCCGGGGCGCCCCGCCGGCGAAGUCGCGAGAGGGGCGCCGUGGACCACAGGUGGCCGCGGCCGGCGGCCGGAAGCUGGGCCUUCCCCGCGCUCACCGCAGCCGCAGCUCUGCCCGGCGGCGGCGUCGGCGUCCGCGUCCGCGUCCGCGUCGCACAGGCCCCACCCGGCCCGCGCCAGGGCACCGCGAGGCACCUGCCCUUCGGCCGGCGCUGCCCACGGGGGCGGGGCCGCACGCCGCGCUCCGCCCGGGCGCUCCGGGAGGGGCAGGGCCGAGCCCCGGGCCCCGGCGCGACCCCGCUGCUGCCGACCGGCCGGCUCCAGACCCGGAAAAGCGACGUCGGCCGGGCAGUCCGUCAGCGGGCCCCUUCUGGGCAUCCCGCGGGCGGUGGGCCGAGCGCGCCCCCUGCUGGUGACAAUAUAAACGGGAUGAACUUGAAACUUGCAUGCCACUAAGCAACGUCAUGAGGUGCACUGUAUGUUUUUUUUUUUAAAUAAAAGUCUGCAAAUAACA